CGGCGGGCGCCGGGGAGGCUGAGGCCUUCCUCCGCGGUGGAGGCCGCACGGCCAGGCCACUGGCUCCCCAGGACCCCCGCCAGCUCCGCUGAGGGCGCCGAUAGCCCGGCCCUACUUAUCGUCCACACUCUCCUUCACGCCCUCUGGGGCCGCGAGCUGUUCUCUCAUCUCCGUCUCCGAAUCUUUGCCCAGGCCCUCAUUGCCGUAACCCCGACCGACUUCACCUCAGUCUAUCAUUAGAUCCUUCACUUCCAGGCGGCUCUUACCUGCCACCUCCUCCGGAAAGCCUACUCUGAUUCCCUGCCCCCCACUGCCAGUCGUUCCCGAGCCGCCGCCCCCCUCCCCCUUUCCCUUCUCUGGAAUAGAAGCUCGGAGCCGGCAGUCGCCAGAUGCAUUUCAUUCCUGCCUCCAUCCCCGGCGCCCGGCUUCUAGGGUUGCUCCUGGCCCGAAUGUGCGGAGGGUUUUUUGAAUUGACCCUUUCCAGAGGCGGAGGUGAAGAGAGGGUGGAGGGGAACUCCCUAGAAAUGACCCUGGUAAUUGGAGAUCCUGGAAGGAGAACUUGUUGCAGUCUGGGAACAUAGGGGAGGUGUAGGAUUCCACCUGCUCAGGAUCCCCGAAUUUAAUGUUGGAAGAGAGCUCCUGAACCGUCUAAUACUAUGCAUAUACAGAAAAAAUCCUCAUUAUAAUAUAUCCAACAAGUCUUAGUCAUCCUCUGUAUAAUCACUCCUAUUUAGUCUAGACCACCGUGUUUUUUUUUUUUUUAAUUUUUAUAAUCAGCUAUGGCCAAAUAAUUUACCACAUGUUGGCUCGUCUGCUUGCUGUUAGCCUUUCCACUUAACCAGGUUGGUCCAUCCAACAACUGAGAGUCAGAAUCCAGUCCCUGUCCACACUGCCAGAGGUUAUACUCUGUUGGCAUAGCCUUUUGCACAUAAGAUUACCUACAAAUGCCUCUAGAGGUAGAAGAUGUCGAAGGAAAAAUGCCUUAAAAAAUCCUUUCAGGAUAGUCUGGAAGAUAUAAAGGAACGGAUGAAAGAGAAAAGAAACAAACGACUGGCCCAAAUAGGCAAAACCAAGCCCAUUCUUGGUGCCAAGUGCAAGAUAAUUGCCAAUCCAUCUGAACAGUUGAAGAGUUACCAGGAGAACAACAGAGCACUGGCAUUAGCUUUAGAGAAUGAAAGAUCCAAAGUGAGGGAUGCCCAAGACACCAUCCUCCAUUUGAAGAAGGAAUGCCAGUGCCUCAGCCUUCAGCUGUUUGUAUUAAGAAGACAGCUGACUUCAGAGCAAGCAGAAGAUUCCACUCAGGCUAAACUGUCAAAGUUGAGAGGCAUUAUCUGUAAGGUCACUCAAAAAUUGCUAGAGACAGCUGACCUUCUUAGCCCAGCUCAAGCGUUGUGUUCUACAGCUCCUAACCAGAGAAUGAAUACCUCAGAAACGGAGGAAUGCUACAAUGAAGGCAUUGCCAGCAACUCACCAGAAAAUUAUUUACCGCAUGUGCCCAUUCUGGAUGCUGACCUUCCAGGAAAAGCUGAAUCUUCUCAAACAGAAGGAGAAAAUUCCCCUGUUUUUCAAGAUACACUGGGGCUUAAUAUUGAGAAUUCUUCUCCAAAUGAAGAGGAGAAGCUACCUGACAGUGUCUUACCAAGAAGUGUAUCUGUUCGACGCAGUGUACAGAAAACGUACACUGAUAAAUUUCGCUUCGAAACCUUAGAUCAUUUAGAAAUUGGUCAUUUGACAGAGGAAUUUUGCAAACUGGACCAGCUUGUAUAUGAGGAAAAUCUAAUAAACAAUCUUGUCACUGAAAAUCUAGACCAAAAUGUCUGUCAGUGGAACAAGAACCAAAUUAAUUUAUCCCCCGUGCUAAUUGAGCCAGAUGCUCUUACUGAAACAGAACAUGUGGUGGUGAUACCUACAGAGAACCAAACUGAAAUAAAAAGUAAAUAUUCACAAAGAGGAAAAAGAGAGCAAAAAGGAAGAUCCAGUGGGAGGAGGAAAUCUAAAUGUGCACCAAAGGGUAAGAAGAGUAGGAGUGGAGGCAAAAAAAAUCUUUCCAAAGAAAAAUUAGAUGAAUCUAUGGACUCCAGUGAUGCCUACAAUUUUAAUUUUGAAGAAAGAGUUCACAUCACUCCUUUCCGGCAAAAGAAAGCAAAUGAUGAUUGUGAGCAAGAAGAAAUCAGUAUUCAUUCUGAGACUAACAACUCUGAAUCAAGUGAUUCAGAACGAGAUUCUGGUGAACUCUAUGUACCUUUUAAACAAAAAUCCAAAUACAUGCAAAAUCUGGAUCCUGACUCACUUAUAAGCCCCAUCCAAAUGAGGCCCCGAUCCAAAAGGACAUUCUCAGAACAGAAGAAAUGUGUGACUGAAAACACCCCUGAGAGCUCUGUGAGACCGGCGGACACCGGCCAUGUCAGUUCACCUUGUGAAACUCAACAGUCAUUUCAUCUCAGCUUGAAAGAUGUCACCAAUAUCCAUCAAACUUCUGGUGCAAAAAGCAGGAAACAUUCCAUUCCAUUCAGCAAGAGUGAAGAACGUUCUUCCCUGCCCCUGCGUAAGCGCAGGUGUACCCUCAGUGUGAAUUAUAAGGAACCUGCCCUUGCCACAAAACUAAGAAGAGGAGACCCAUUUACAGAUGUAUGUUUUUUGAAUUCUCCAAUUUUCAAACAGAAAAAGGACUCCAGGCCCAGAUCUUCUAAAAAGCAUUCACUGUCCAAAUACAAUGAAGCUUUUGUUGGAUGUCGUUGAAAUUCAUCUUACACCCUCUUGCUUGGAAAGGAUUGAUGGUACUAUUGGUACAAGAGUGGGCAGAACUAUUAACAUGAAAAGUUCUUCUGUUUAAAAGCACUUCAGUGCUUUAAAAACUUGUCUUCAAACAUUGACAUUAAGUUCUUUUUCCUACUGUACAUAAAUAACUGUUCUUAACCCUCUUUAAAAAGCUUAAAUGUAUUAUACUACCUAAUGUCCCUAGUAUUAAUGAAAAUUAUAUUUCCUAUAGUAAUUGUAGAGAAAAUGGUGGUGGUUAAUUACACAAAUUAAAAUCUUUAAUAGUAACUUCAGACAACUUGUGUUUUCCCAUAUAUGGGGAAUCAUUACUGUGAAAUGUAUGAUAAGACAGGUAAAGAAUCAUUUGAAACACUUAAUUAUUCAAUUUCAUUACCUGCUACUGAUAAAGUAUCUGGUCAGUUUAUCAGUUCAGUUUUUCAUGGCUUUUUAUAUAUAUGCAUGCUUAAACUUUUAGGAAGUCUAUUGUUUACCAUAUGCCAAAAAUAAUAAAAGAUUUGUAAGCCA